GAGGCGUCAGCGGCAACGCGAAUGGAGCGGCGGCGGCGGCGGCAGCUGGCUCGCCUCUGCGACCUCGUCGCCGGCUCCCUCCUCCAUCACCUCGAACCCAAGCCGCCGCCGCAGCUCACGCGGGAGGACGAGCGGCGCAUCCUCCUCGCGCUCUCCCGGGUAAGUAAGGCGAUUCGAGGAUGGGAGGAGGAGGAGGAGGACGACGACGACGACGACAAGGAAGGGCAAGGGUGCGAAUUAGGUCAGGAACUUAUUUCAUGUUCUGGAGAAGAUCACAGUUGUUGCUUGCCAGUUAACCAGCAUUUUGACGAUGGAUUGAGCUGCCUGGCCAAUAUUAUCUCCACAUUGGUUGGCUACUUUGGUUUCUGUAGCAGCUAUGUUAAACACUCAGCUGGAACUAUCCUGAUUGCCAUCUCUACCUCUCUAAUGAAGUUUGAGAUUGUUUGGAUUCAGUUUCUUGAGCUGGUUUGGAUAGCUGUCCAUACAGUAUUAACAUAUGCCUAUGGUGCCUUACCUUCUUCAGUCGACUCCAUCAGCUGUUUCAGACAAGGCUCAAUUUGUUAUUCCUCUGUUAUGAAAAGCCUAAGUGACGACAAUACUAUUUCAACCACCAAUAUCGGAAGUUUCAUGGAAGUACUUCAGCUACGCUGUCUUGAUAUCAAUGGGCAUGUGGUGGCCAGCCUCUUUCGAGUAUUACACACUAUUUUAAAGUUCCUUAAACACAGUGAUAGUGAAUUGAAAAGUGACUUCAUUUGCUUAUCCAUCAAUCAUAUUCUUAUGGUUCACUGGGGUUCAUAUUAUCAACUCAAUGUUAGAGAAUUUGUAAACCUUGGCAAGGAUGGUGCAUCUGGCUUGAACAAUGAUUCAGCGCAGUUAGGAUAUCUUUCAAGCAGUCUCCUCCAACUAUUGUGCUCUUUGGUUGAGCAAAGUGAUCUGGAGGACAUCAAUGGGCAAGAUAUGUAUGCAAAGCUUGUCGAUGUGGUUCGUAAGUUAGCAACCAUAUUACAAGAGCAACAGGAUGCCCCUGAAAGUCUCUCUCAGUAUUUAAAGCACAAAAUUCUGAUGAUAAUGGUGCGUCUAAGGCCUUACAUCCAGAAGGAUUGCUCAUAUGUUGUUUGUUGGCUGAAAUUACUUCGACAACACUUUCAGGAUCUUCUUCAUGGACCUAUCUUGCAACAUAUUGCCAGACCAGAGAAUUGUUUAGAAGGAUCCCCAUUUUUUUUGAGCACCGUAGGGAUGGGUGAGACUCAUUAUAAAUCGACCCAGCACUUACAAAGACAGGCUAUCUAUUUGUUUCUUAGUUGUUGCAUAGGUUUGGCUUACACUGGAAAUAACGUUGCACUGCAAUGUUCAUGUAAGAGAGAUGAUCGAAUUCUUGGUCACAGAGUUCAAGACUGCAGUGAUCAUUGUGACUGUUUUGGCUUAUCAGAAAUAUCAAGGUGGUUUCAGAGAUGUUUCAUAGAUACGAUUUUUGGCUCGGAAUCAUCAACAGACAUUGUUCUGUGCUUUCUGCAGUUAUAUAUGGAGGAGGAUGACAUGCUAUUCAGUAUUCUCUUACAACUUCUGGAUGCUCCACUCAUUUCCUUGAAAAUAGAUAGCCUGGAAAUUAAAUGUUCUGAACUCAUUGGUGGCAAACUGUUCUCAAGCAUUUUUGACCCAGUUCAUAUUUUCCAUCUCUUGCUAUUAUUGCUGCACUAUGAUCACUUGGUGUUUGUUGAUUAUCUCAUAUCGAAAGAUGUUGGCGUGCACUGUGCACAAUAUCUGUUAAGGUGCCUCCGCCUGGUAAACCAAUGUUGGCAUUCUUUCAUUGAUGAUUCAAUUUACAAGGCAAAAAUAGAGAAACUCAACUUUAAAAGGCAGAAGACGUUUAAUGAGGCAAACAAUAUUAGUGGUAGCUCAAUUGAAAGCCCUAAGUUAGAUUCUGCUUGUGAUAAGAAAAGCAAGAACAAACACCAGCUUUUCCUAAAUGCUAAAGCCUGCCUCCUUUCAUUGAAGAGAACAAUUGAAGAUCUUCAUAAGAAGGGUCUGUUCCCUUACAAUCCAAAGCCUCUCCUCAAAAGCUUGGCCAGGUUUGAAGAACUUUGUGAGCAGGAUUGAAAUUUGAGUUGCAUUUUUUUAUAUGUUACUCGUGGAAUGACCUUUCCGGCCCGGAUUGACUUGGUCAGUCAGGUACUUUGUGCGAUAGACAACGUAUGGUCAGAGAAGGAGAGUGAGCAAAGUCAUUGCUCCAAG